GGGAGAUUUGGGAAGAAUGAGAGACGAUGCUACUACUUGGUGGGAAGACGGAGAGACGAUGCUACUACUUGGUGGGAAGACGGAGAGACGAUGCUACUACUUCGAUGGAAGUUAGAGAGACUACUAUGUUUCUCCACCUUACUUUAUUGCUUUAUAUAUUUUGAUUUGAUGAUCCGCCACUGAGCAUAUCAGAGGGCUUCUUUUGACGUUGUAGAGCUGUUCAUUGUUAGCAUCAUUAAUGGCGAGAAAGGGGGAUGGACGGGCAAUUGGGAUCGAUUUGGGGACGACGUAUUCGUGUGUGGCGGCGUGGCGGCAUGACCGCAUUGAGAUUAUACCAAACGAUCAGGGCAACCGCACCACGCCGUCUCAUGUCGCUUUCACUGCCGCCGAACGUCUCAUCGGCGACGCCGCUAAGAAUCAAGUCGCCGAAAAUCCCAUCAAUACUGUUUUCGAUGCAAAGAGGUUGAUCGGUCGCAAAUUCAGUGACUCAACGGUGCAGAAAGACAUGAUAUUUUGGCCAUUCAAGGUUAUUCCUGGUGCUGAUGGUAAGCCUAUAAUUGUAGUAACCUACAAAGGGGAAGAGAGAGAGUUUUCGGCUGAGGAGAUCUCCUCAAUGGUGCUCACUAAGAUGAAGGAUAUUGCCGAGGCAUAUCUUGGAUCUACUGUCACGGAUGCUGUGGUAACUGUCCCUGCAUACUUCAAUGACUCUCAGCGUCAGGCCACCAAGGAUGCUGGAACCAUUGCUGGACUGAAGGUUAUGAGGAUCAUCAAUGAGCCAACUGCUGCCGCCAUUGCAUACGGACUGGAUAAAGGGGGUGAUGUGGCAAAGGAUGUGCUGAUUUUCGACCUUGGCGGUGGGACGUUCGAUGUGUCUGUGGCCACAAUUGAGGAUGGUCUCGUUGAAGUGAAGGCUACUGCUGGAGAUACUCAUCUUGGAGGCCAUGACAUGGACAAUAGGAUGGUGAAUCACUUCUUGAAGGAGUUUAAAAGCAAGACUGGUAAGGAUAUUAGUGGGAACUCAAGAGCUGUUAGGAGAUUGAAGAGUGCUUGUGAAAGAGCCAAGAGGAUCCUUUCCUCUAAUUUGGAAGCCCAAAUUCAAAUUGAGUCGUUGUUUGAGGGAAUAGAUCUGUUUACUACUGUUACUCGUGCUAAAUUCGUGUACCUUAACAUGGACUUAUUUAAGAAGUGUAUGGAACUGGUUGAAAGUUGCCUUAGUGAUGCAAAUGUAGAGAAGAGCAGCGUGGAUGAGGUGGUGCUAGUGGGCGGGUCGAGUAGGAUUCCUAAGGUCCAGCAGAUGUUGAAGGAGUUGUUUGGUGGGAAGGAGGCGUACAAAACAAUUAAUCCAGACGAGGCUGUGGCAUAUGGUGCUGCAGUGCUGUCCACCAAGUUGAGCGGUGAAGGCAAUGGCAAGGUGCAAAAGCUCAUUCUGUUGGAUGUUACUCCGUUGUCUCUUGGUAUAGAAACUAAUGAAGAUCUUAUGUCAGUAUAUGUUCCAAGAAAUUCACCAAUCCCAACAAGGAAGGAGAAAAUUCACUACACGAUGUAUGACAAUCAGACCGAUGUGAAGUUUCCAGUCUACGAGGGUGAAAGGAGCAAGUCAAAAGAAAACAAUCUGCUAGGUGAAUUCACACUCCAUGACAUUCCACCAGCUCCCAGAGGUGUUUCUAAAUUCAAAGUGUGCAUGGACAUUGAUGCGAAUGGGAUCAUGAAUGUGUCUGCGGAGCACAUAACGACUGGAAUGAAGAAGAGCAUCACCAUCACCAAUGACAAGGGUAGGCUGUCUAAGGAAGAUAUAGAGAGAAUGAUUGGGGAUGCGGAGAAGUACAAGUUGGAGGAUGGGGAGUUUAGGAAGAAGGUUGAGGCUAGGUGUGCUUUGGAGGACUACACCUACGACAUGAGGGACACCAUCAGAAGUGCAGCAAAGGUCACAGCAGCAGACAAGAUGAAGAUGGAGGAUGCUUUCGAGUCUUUCACACAAUGGUUAAAGUCCAACCAACAUGCUGAGAUUUAUGUUUUUAAAGACAAGAUGAAAGAGCUCCAGACUAUUUUCAAUCCCAUCAUCGCCAAGAUGAUGUAAGAAUGAAAAAUGAUGAUUAGUAAGAUAUCGUGUGUCUUUACUUUUAUCUAUAACUAAGACUUUUUAUCAUAUUUUGUGUGAUGAUUCCUAAGGUACUAUUACUAGUUUAUAUUCCUCUUUUUUUAUAUAUUUUAGUUAUAUCUCUCUUUGUUAGUUUCUUCUUCUUUGCUCUUUUUAUUGAUUAUGCUUUAGCAAUAUAAGUUAAGCGAAAUCAAGUGUUUUUUAGAUUUCUAAUAGUGAUUCACUUAAAUUUA